GGGCCGGUGCUGGGCAGGACGCUGGAGAUCAAGCAGUUGGACGUCUGCGACGAGGGCUCCAUCCGCGCCUGCCUCGAGAGCAUCCCCGGGCGCCACGUCGACGUCCUGGUCAGCAAUGCCGGGGUGGGCAUGGCGGGUCGCCAGAGCCUGGCAGCCAUGCAGAGCCUCAUGGACACCAACUUCUUCGGCCUCGUCCGCCUGGUCAAGGAGGUGCUGCCCGACAUGAAGCGGCGCCGCGGGGGCCACAUCGUGGUCAUCAGCAGCAUCAUGGGCCUGCAAGGCAUCGUCUUCAACGAUAUCUACGCGGCCUCCAAGUUUGCGGUGGAGGGUUUCUGCGAGAGCCUGGUUGUGCAGGCGCUGCGCUUCAACGUGGCGAUCAGCCUAGUGGAGCCGGGGCCGGUGACGACGGAGUUCGAGGCGAAGGUGUACGAGGAAGCCAAGGGCGCCGACUACUCGCGGACGGACCCCGAGACGGCCGACAUCUUCACCAACCUCUACCUGAGGAACUCCAGGGACGUCUUCGCCAGCCUGGGCCAGACCCCCGAGGACAUCGCGGAG